AUGAAAGAUGGCAGUUUUCUGAACGCAACGUUGUUUGUCUUUUUAUGCAACACUUCCAUCAUGUGGCUCCAGCACUAAACUACAACCAGCGUGGAGCUCAGGCUUUCAGUAUAAGCCUGCUGAUUCUUUUUGGACAAACCCUCUAAUGUAUUUCCAGCGUUUUGUCUAUUCCUCUUUUCCUCUUUGCUGUAUUCGUGUAGCGAUGCUCAGCAAGAGGAUGUGGACAUGUCCCCACACAACAAUACACAAAGGGGUUUACCAAGUGGCCAACUAAAUGUAACUUCCUCUAAUUAUUAAGUGAUAUGUGACCUCAGCGUGUUGCCUUUCUGAUGACUCCAGCUGGUGUUUUAAGGGAUUUUUUUUCAGAUGAUGUGUUUCACUGGCAGCCAAUGGUUGCUUUCGUUUACUUGAGAGACAUGGCAACACUGUGAGUUUCACUUUCAGAUGUGGAAUGAGGAAGGGGCAGGUCUGCAGCUUUCAAGCAUAUCUGCCUAAAUAACAGAUGGAGGAAAGACAGUUUGCUUGUUGAAAGCUCACAGAUGUGACUCUUGAGGCAGAAGAAGUACGAGCUGUCUACCAGGGGCAUGGGAGCUAAAGUCAGAGAAGCAUGCUUGCCCAGGAGGUUUUGGUGAGGCGACGCGCUGAAAUUCUCAACGCCCUCUGCAGCAGCGGGUCGGCCGAGCACCUUGAACGAGUCGCGGAUAUGCUGCUUGCACAAGGGGAGCUUGGCUGGGAGGACUACCAGAACGUACUGGUACCAGGAAGGACCCUGUACAGCAACGCAAGGCAACUGCUCGAUCUACUUUACACAAAGGGCACGGACAGCUGUGAGCUCUUCUUCAGAGCUGUCGAACAGGUCUUGCCAGAAGUGCAGGGAGCUGUUUUCUACUCUUCAGAAAACCCUUCGGGUUCAGAUGGCAGAGUGAAACCCCAGGGAACGUCCACUGAGGCCCUCUUGACUCGCAGGCCGAGCCUCAUCUCCAAGCUCCAAGGCUGCAUCGAUGGUGUCUUGGGAGCUCUUGUUGAAUCGGGUCACUUUUCCUCCACAGAUUGUGAUGGAGUACAGCUGCCCAUUCACACUCCCUCCCAGCAGGCACGGCGGCUACUUGAUCAUGUCAGAUCCAAAGGAGAGUCGGCAGCAUCAGUUGUCCUGCAGUACAUUCAGCAAGAACAGGAAUGUGUGUUGACGCCGGAGCAGAGAAGGCCGACCCUGACUAAAGAGUUUGUAAAGUACCAGAAGAAACUGAGCAGCUCGGUGUCAGCGCAAUCCCGCUUUCUCAGUACUUAUGGAGGGACCAGCCACAUGCCGUUAGAUGACAUCUACACUGACGUCCAGCUGGAGCUACCCAACAGCAGUGCUGACAUCAACAAAUCCAUGGGCUUUGAGGACAUAGUUGGCCCUGUCGGAACGUUGAAUGAGGAUGCAGACACAGUGCUGGUAUCCGGGGAGGCGGGUAGCGGAAAGAGCAUCUGGCUCCAGAGGCUGCACCUUCACUGGACGCGGGGGGCCGCCGUUCAGGACUUUCUCCUUCUGUUUCCAUUCAGCUGUCGCAGAUUGAACUCAGAGCACAGGGAUCUGUCGGUACAAGAGCUGCUGUUUCAGCACUGCUGCUGGCCAGACAGGGAGCAGGAGGAGAUCUUCCAGUUCAUUUUGGACCACCCUCAUCUUGUCCUCCUCACCUUCGAUGGUCUGGAUGAGCUCAAGCAGAGCUUUUCGGAUGAACAUAGGAUAUGCUGCCCCAACCAACGUGCACCUGUUCAUGUACUAUUGUUUAACUUAAUCCAGGGUUCUCUAAUGAAAGGGGUGCGGAAAAUUGUUACCAGUCGCCCAGAGGCAGUGGGGCCUGCUUUGAAGAAGCACUUAUCCAAAGAGGUGCAUCUGAAAGGCUUUUCCCCAUCUGGCAUUGACUGCUUUGUGAGAAAACAUCACAGUGAUCCAAAUGAGGCUGCUAAGGUCUUAGAGUCGCUACACGCAGACACAGCUUUACUUGGACUGUGCCACAGUCCAGUUCUCUGCUGGAUAGUCUCACAGUGCCACAAGGAGCUGCUUGGAUGUGGAGAAGGAAGCCCGCAAACAGUCACUGACGUUUACCUGGUGAUCCUACAACACUUCUUCCAGCACCACAACACCUUAAAGAGUGGCAUAGGGGUAAGCUGGCUGCAGCAGAACCUCGAGACAGUCUUGCAUCUUGGGAAGCUUGCCUUUGAGGGAAUAUCAAACUCUAAUUAUAUCUUUUCAGUUACAGACCUGGAGACAUGCGGUGUAACUGAAUCAGAUAUCUGCAUUGGCUUUCUCAUUCAGAGCAAAGACAUGUCCCUGGCUCACAGUAUAUGCUAUGAAUUCCUUCACAUCACAAUGCAAUGCUUCUUUGCUGCUAUGUCUGUCAUUUUGUCAAGUAACGCUGGUCGCCCAGCUAUCCUUAAGCUCUUUGAGCCGCAGGAAACGAAGAAGAGUCUCAACAAUGCAUGCUUCAGAGGCUGUCUGUCUUCAAGUAAUACACAGCAGAUUUCGGAGGAGCAUCCUACCACAGGAGAAAAAACAAAUCUGCAAAUUACAGCCACCUUUGUGUCUGGACUACUGUCCCAGCGCUAUCAAAAGCUCUGGCUCCACUGCAGCUCCAGUGUUUUGGUGGAGAAGAAGGCCAAACAAGUAGCACGAUAUCUUUCUAAAGGCAUGCAACAACAUUUCAGGUCAAUCCCUCAACCUGUGCAGGGAGAAAAGAAGAGUAUGCAUGCAAUGCCAGAAUUUGUCUGGCUCAUCAAGUGCAUCUAUGAGAUGCAGGAGAGCAGGAUAGCUAAAGAUGCCAUGAGUAAGUUGGAGGUUGGCCACUUGAAACUGACAUACUGUAACAUCGGCCCCGUGGAGUGCACCGCGCUCGCUUACGUGCUCCAACACCUAAAGAGCCCUGUAGGCCUCCAGCUGGACAACAACUCUGUAGGUGACGUUGGAGUGGAGCAGCUUCUUCCCUGCAUGCACAUUUGUAACUCUCUGUACCUCAGAAAUAAUAACAUUACAGAUGAGGGCAUCCGCAAACUGAUUGACAAAGUCAUCCACCUCGACAGCUUCCAGAAAAUUGCCCUCUUCAACAACAGGCUAACUGACGCCUGCACGCAGCAUUUUUCGUACCUGCUAAAGACCAGACAAAAUUUCUUGUCGUUAAGGCUGGGUAACAACAACAUUACAGCAGAAGGAGCAAAGCAGCUGGCAGAGGGGCUGAAAUGCAAUAAUUCAUUGCAGUAUUUAGGGCUAUGGGGUAACAGGAUUGGUGAUGAAGGAGCAGAGGCCCUUGCAAAAGCUUUACAAAACAGCAAAUCCAUUGUUUGGCUCAGCCUUGUAGGCAAUGGUGUAGGAAGUACAGGGGCCUGUGCCCUCUCUAACAUCAUCAGGAACAGCCCAUCGCUGGAGGACCUUUGGUUGACUGAGAACUGCAUAACCAGAACAGGAGUGGAGUCUCUGAUUCAAGCGUUAAAACACAAUGACCGUGUCAAGUCAGUAUGGUUGAAAAACAAUGACCUUAGCUCAGCAGAGGUUGAAGAAAUGCAGCAGAUGGAAUCAAGACUCGUUUUCUGACUUGGUGUCCUGCCACUCAGGGAUUAUGUGUUGCAAUUUGCCCACAUUUGUUAUGUACAAAUAUUGAAGGGCUCAUGUAUACAGUGUGACUCCAAAAUGUACAAUGUACAUAUACAUGUCUAUAUUUCUAAUGACUUUCUUCUAAAUCAGUAUUUUACUGUAUUUGUACCUACUGUUGUAGGUAAUGGGUUACCUAAUGUACAAUGAGAAUAAAGAUUUUGGAUUCAACUCUGUUGUGUCACAACACUCAUU